GCAGGAGUUGUGUGCAAUCGGAACGGAACAUUUGGUCAACUGAUUAGUCUGCAAUACUGUUUUUAUUUAUUAAAUUUAGACAUUUGUUGUUGAGAGAGGGUCAGUUGGGUUUCUUUUAUGUGGUUGAGAGUUUGCAAAAUAGCACGGUAAGAUAAGACGUUAGUUAGCUCGUUAGCUGAACAGCGUUAGCAUUACCAGCCCAUUCAUUGGAAAGCACAUUUCGACAACGUGGUUGUAUCUUAGCGUAGCAUAGCAUAGCGUAGCUAGCUCGUCCGUAGAAGCGCUAACAAAGGAAAAAGCGGGACCGCAGCUGUGGUCAAGAAUUCGCCUCCUCGCGUCGCUCUUUUCUGUAAUUAAUUUUUGGAGUCAGUUUCAACAUAUCCUUUGUUAAAAAAAGAUAACACUAGCUACAUAGUAAGCAUUUAAUGUUAAACAUUUAUUUCUGCGGCAGUAAACAAAGCUACUGAGUCACAGAAGUACGCGGCGUCUCGUUCCUUUUCGAGAGAUCAUUUUCGUUUGGUGGUAGUUUGCACAUAUACUCAAGAAAAAUGGCAGAAAUGUACAUUCGUGUGGCGGAGGAAGAGAACGAAGAGCCCAUGGAGAUUCCGUCUGAAGACGACGGCACGGUUCUUUUAUCCACAGUGGCGGCUCAGUUUCCCGGUGCUUGCGGCCUACGGUAUCGGAGCCCUGUUUCCCAAUGCAUGAGAGGAGUGCGUCUGGUGGAGGGAAUUUUACAUGCACCGGAGAAUGGUUGGGGGAACCUGGUCUACGUCGUCAAUUAUCCUAAAGAUAACAAGAGAAAGAUGGAUGAAAUGGAUGCCUCUUCGGCAGUGAAGAUCAAGAGAGGCGAUCAGAAGACUUCAGAUCUGAUUGUGCUGGGGUUGCCAUGGAAAACAACAGAGCAAGAUCUGAAGGACUAUUUCAGUACCUUCGGUGAAGUGAUCAUGGUGCAGGUCAAACGUGACGCAAAGACGGGAAAUUCAAAGGGGUUUGGUUUUGUGAGGUUCACGGAUUACGAAACUCAGAACAAAGUGAUAGCGCAGCGUCAUAUGAUCGACGGGAGAUGGUGUGACUGUAAACUCCCCAACUCAAAGGUAAUUGUGCAACAGCAAGGCCCAGAUGAGCCGAUGAGGAGCAGGAAGGUGUUUGUGGGCCGCUGCACUGAGGACAUGACGGCUGACGAGCUGCGUCAGUUCUUCAUGCAGUACGGAGAGGUCACCGACGUCUUCAUCCCCAAACCCUUCAGGGCCUUUGCCUUCGUCACCUUCGCCGACGACCAGGUGGCCGCCUCGCUCUGCGGGGAAGAUCUGAUCAUCAAAGGCGUCAGCGUCCACAUUUCCAACGCCGAGCCGAAACACAGCAGCAGCAGGCAGAUGAUGGAGCGCGCGGGGCGGUUUGGAAACGGGUUCGGGGGUCAGGGCUUUGGGUCUAGCCGUAGCUUAGGGAGCAGCUCCAGCAACUUCGGCACCUUCAACCUGAACCCGGCCAUGAUGGCCGCGGCUCAGGCCGCUCUCCAGAGCAGCUGGGGCAUGAUGGGAAUGCUGGCCAGUCAGCAAAGCCAGUCAACGACAACCAGCGCUAGCGGGUCCAGCUCUGCCCGAGACGGCACCCAAACCUACAGCUCAGGCAACAGUAAUUACGGCACUAGCUCAGCUAGCUUGGGGUGGGGCACGGGUUCUAACUCCACCACCAGUGGUAGCGGGUUCAACUCCAGCUUUGGCUCCAGUAUGGAGUCCAAGUCUUCAGGGUGGGGUAUGUAAGCUGUGGAUGGGUCUUUUGUUGUUGUUGUUGUUUCUAGUGUGUGUUUGGUAAGUAUUCCUUUUUUUUUCUCCCUUAUUAUUUUUUUUUUUAUUAUUGAGAAAUUUAUUUCUUGUCAUCUGUAUAUGGGAGGAGGAAAAAAAAAAUAAUCUGAGGAUGGAAAGAAUAGGAUGUUUUGCAAACGUGAGAUUUGAUUUAAUUUAGUGUGUGAAGUGGAACAUGUUGACCAGGGUGUUUAAAAGUUAACGCACCAGCUCAGGUGUGAGGUUCCUCUUCUUUUUCGUUUUUGUUUUUUUAAGAAAAGAAAAAAAACAAACAAACAAACAGACCUUUGCUUAGCUCGGUAGACGAAAUAACUUUCAACUGGAUUCUUAAAUGCAUGUGUUUAAAGUCGUUUUUCCUGAAGGUGCAUGUGAUUUUCCUGCAUCACUAAAUCUCACUUUUAAAACAAAUCCAAUAGGGGAAGAAAAAAAAAUCAACCUUGCAUUGGAAAGAAUCUGGUUGAAACAAAAAUUUGUAUGUUUUUUUUUUUUUUUUUUUUUUUAAAGUGCAGCUCAGUUGUUCAUGCAGACAAGUUUUAUGGAUAAAAAAAACCAAACAAACAAACAAAAGCCUUCAUCGCCAUCUCUUCUGCAGUUGACACCACCUCUCCCGUUUGGCUGGGAAGGAGGCGCCCUUUGGCAGCAUUGUAAAGGCUGAGGCCACAGUCUUCCUCAUGUGUAAACGCUUAUCCUCCACCACAGAGCGGCUCUCUCCUCCUCCUCCUCCUCCAUCCAUCCAUCCAUCGCAUGUCCAGGUGCCGGCCAGACGGUGGGUGUCCCCUUUUUUAUCCGCUUUUUAGACAAAAACACAAAAACAAGAACUGAGCAAAAAGUGACAUUUAAAAAAAAAAAACAAAAAAAGAUUCUCCUUGAGUGCGAUUGGUGGCGAAGAGUGAGACGCUGAGAAUGAGCGAACGGAGAGAGAGAUAAAGAAAGCGUGGAAGGAGCGAAAGAACGAGCGAACAGACUGAUUGUUGGAUGAGAGAGAGAGAGAGAAGCCGGCUGUGCCUGCGAUGGGUGGCAUUUUUUUGGGUGAGAGUGUGUGUAUGAGAGCUGCUUCAAAAAAAAAAAAUGCCUCUUCUUUUUUCUUUUUUUUUUUCUUUCUUUCUUUCUUUCUUUUUGUGACCCUGCAAAACAGGACAGUUUGUUCCUAUGUACCACAAGAUCACAUUUUUUUUUUGUCUUUAGAUAUCGACAUAUUUAAAAAAAAAAAUCUUCAUUUCUUUCUCCUUUUAGUAUACUAAUGAUGUGCUUAAAUAGCUCAAAAAAAAAAAUGUUGUGGAAUGUUGUGCUGAAUAUCUUGUCUUGACUCUAUAACCCGAAAUGAAUGCUGUAUGGUGUGUGUGCUCUAUUCUCUUGUAUUUUGAUAUGUAAGUGUGAACUUUGAUGGGGCUGACACCCUCUGAGGGACACAGAGAGGAACGCAAGUGAAUGCUGGUGUAAGUGAGAAUUGUAUGUGGAGUGCUGUGGGUGUUUGUGAAGUUCCCCUCGACCGUUGCUCAGUGUUUCCAAAAAAAACAAAACAAAAAGGCAUUUUUACAUGACUUGUCAAAUGAAGGGAGUUGUCCAAUAAAAACUUAAUUUGAAUAGGUAA